UUGUACUGAAUGUAGUACACAAUUUGCUAGUUGUCGAUAAAAAAUUAAAUCUUAAGAGUUUCAGUGAGACUACAUUUCCCACAAAGCAACGGUUCAGAGUUGUGUAACUUUCGGAACGUCUUCCAGGAGAAACUGCGGCCCAGACGAUUUGGCAUAAACAUCAAACAAGUUGAUUCUGAAUGACACAAAGUCAAACGGAGUUAUAUAUACUCGCCCGUAACGAGGAAAUAGACGCUCAUAAACGCUCGGAGGCUGGCUUUAAGAGAAAAUCAGGGUGGAUUUGAGAACGCAAGAUCGCGGGGGCCUAUCAAAUAUGUCCUCUUCCUCGCAGGCAUCUUCCAGGCGGCAAUGGUGCUACCUUUGCGACUUGCCUAAGAUGCCGUGGGCCAUGAUCUGGGACUUCAGCGAGGCGGUGUGCAGAGGGUGCGUGAACUACGAGGGAGCAGACAGAAUAGAGCUGCUCAUUGACACAGCGCGACAGCUGAAGCGAACACAUGUUAUGCAGGACGGCAGAUCUCCGGGUCCACAGCCUGGUGGCAAACACGGUGGUAAGGAGGGUCCAAUGGAGUCCGGCAGACCGCCCUCCGAGCGAUAUGAGAGGGGAAGAGGAGAGUAUGUGUCCGCCCGGCUGCCAAAUGGCCUCCCUAGACUGGAAGAUAGUGGUCCGCCUGAGGUUAGUAGGCAGAGUCCUAAUGCCAGAAGGGCUUUGGUAGGGCCUGUGCCACCCAAUUUAAUGGCACAGGGGCUCGUUGGAGCCCCUCAUGGCCUGCUGACGGCAAUGCCCGGCCUAAACGCCAGAGCCGGUAGUGGCCCCUUGACCAUAUCUGCUCCAAUGUUGAAUGAGAUAAGUAAAAGACAGGCCCUGGGCAUGGGUAUGAGUGUGGGUGUGGCAUCUUUCAUGAGCCCUGAGUUUGAAAAGGAGAUGAAAGAGAAGCAGAGGAACUCAGAUGUCCUCACCGAGCUCUCUGAAAGCGUAAGGAACCGUGCAGACGACUGGGUGGGACGCCCCAAAGCUGUGCGUGAAGCCUUACACACCGUCUCUGGUUGCACCCCAUUUAAUGUUCGCUUUAAGAAGGACCACGGCCUGGUGGGAAGAGUGUUUGCCUUCGAUGCCAAGCUGGUGGUUGAGUUCGAGCUGAAAGUCUUUGUAGAAUACCCCUGUGGAUCUGGCAACGUGUUCUCCAGCGUAUUAGCUUUAGUCAAGCAGAUGUUCCAUGACUCUCAGAAAGAUACCGGCAAGGUCAUUAACUCAGGCUACAAAUAUGUGGAGUAUGAGAAAAGACACGGCACCGGUGACUGGCGUCUCCUCUCUGAGCUUCUCAGCGAUGCAGUGCGAGCAUUCAAAGACGCGCCCACCCCUGAAUCCCUCCCACAGCCUUACCUGGAUGCCAGCUACUCCAUGCUGCCCACCGCUUUCUGUAAUAUAGGCCGUCCCACACAGUCCAGAGGACGCAGACGUAAAGCCUCACCUGAGCCGGAUGGCGCAGAGAGGAUGACCUCAGAGGAAAUGCGCCAGCACUGGCCGCUAGGUGCAUAUCCUGGCAUCCCUGGUCACAUGCCAGCCACCUCACUAGCUAUUGCUGGUCAGCCUCCAGCUCUCCAAGAGGGGAUGGGGGCCCACAGUAGUGACCCUUCACCGAUCAUAGCACUCAUGGGUGUGGCAGACAAUGUUGGCACAGCCACCCAGUCCCCGAAAGAUGGCCCUGGUAGCAGUGGUGCUCACGCUGCCAACGUAGGGCGUCAGAACAGCACCAGUCCUUCACCCUGCGGUCCGCGACGCCUGGCGUCACGCAAUGGAGAACCCUCAGCUGGCAGCAGCACGGGAGGGCCAGCCACAACUGUCACCAUGCCCCUCACUGGCGGGGGUGACCAGGGGGCCGUUACAGGAGGUGAAGCCUCAGGAGGUGCCGGUGGAGGAGGUGCACCGCUGUGCUGUACUAUCUGCCAUGAGCGCCUGGAAGACACGCACUUCGUCCAGUGUCCAUCAGUGCCCGGGCACAAAUUUUGUUUCCCUUGCACCCGGGACUUCAUCCGCAGACAGGGCUCAGGGAGUGAGGUUUACUGCCCCAGUGGGGAGAAGUGCCCUCUCGUGGGCUCUAAUGUACCCUGGGCCUUCAUGCAAGGAGAGAUCUCCACCAUCCUGGCUGGAGAUGUGAAGGUGAAGAAGGAGAGAGACCCCUAACAGCUUGCAGCAGAACUAAAACCUCACUCAGAGGGAGCUGUAAUCCUGAGCCCUAAAGAUGACCGCCGUGACCACGUGGCCCACAGCACUGAAGAGACGACUGCCGGUGCGCAGUUCCUCUUCCUCCAUCUAUCCAGGCACCUUCCCCUUGUUCCCUCUUUUCUUCCCUUCACCUUCCCUCCUUUGACCAAGACAAAGGAGAAUACAGCAAUUUUUCUCUUUAGAGAUGCCCAUGUCUGUUGCCCCAAUUAGCGCGUUCUACAGCGUUUUAAGAAUGUCCAGUCCUGAAAGCAGUUUCAAGUUCCCUGUUGUAUUUACUCUGAGUGAUAUUGAAAAACACAUUUCAAAGAUACAAUGGAGUGAACAGUGAUUUCCCAGAAUGUGUUACCACCAGACAGAUGCAGAUUGUACAAGGGGAAGCCUGUUUGGAAAGGCUUCCUUCACAAUCACAAAACUGUACCGACUAUGACCUAUACAGGCUCACUCUUGUUUUGCUGUUGUCUAUGCUGCAUUAAAUGGUUAAAUAGUCCAGGAAUACUACUAAGUGCUAAAAGCCCUUCCUUACAAUCGCUUCUUGAUCCAGCAUGUACAAUAAAUAUCUGUAUGUUUUUACUCUUGUGUAGAAUGUAUAAAAUUCUCCCUUUAAAUGGUUAUAGAUGUGCAAUCUCUAGAUUUGAUACCGUACUGCUUUAUGUACCACUGAGUCUUUGAAUGAAUAGAAAACCAAAGAUAGACAUGCUGAGAUCUUGUUGUAUCAUAUGAUGCUAUAACAUAUAUUUUUGUGGUAAGAAAAGGUUUUGUGGCUUUCAUCAAAUAAAAAUGACAGAUAUGGGGAAUGUUUUACAUUGGGAACUUAUAUUUAAACUUCUGUGGGUGGACACAAAAUAGAUUUUUUUAUUACAAGUAAGCAGAUCACUAUAUUUUGUAUUGUAACCCAUUGGCUUUUAAAUUGUUGCAGGCGAAGACUAGUUUAAUGUUAUGAGAACAGAGCUAUUCUGUUUUUUUACAACCAUAUGGUCCAGAAUUUGUCCCAACUCUUUGUGUGAAAGAUGUACUAUACCUUUUAAAGUGUUGAAUCGAAAGAUCCUGCAUCUAUUAGAAAUUCAGUGCUGAUGUACAGUGGCCCCAGAAAAUUAUUUAGACAGUUAAGCCACACUGAAAAACUUAAGUGCAUAAUAAUUAAUUGCAAAUGACAAAACCCAUGGAUUCUGCAUACAAAUGAUGCUAAACCUUUUGAAGUGUGGCUUAAGUUUCCAAAUACUUUUUGAGGCUGCUGUAGAUAGGGUUCCCUAUAUUGUUUUGACAUGUCUUCAGCCUUGUUUACGAUGUUGAAAAAUAUAUAUGACUAAGAAUAUUAAAUGCACAAAGCACUGUUCCAUAAGACCUUUGUUUAAUCGGCUUUACAUUACAGCUCAAAUUGUAUUUAAAUUAAAAGAUUGACUUUUCACAAA